AUGAAGGUCAAGACAAUCUCUCGUGUUGAGAAGGAAUUUACGCAAGAAGUGCAAUCGGAUAAGCUCAAAGUCUUUCGUAAUUAUGAUCCUGCACUUCAUCCAUUUGAACGACCACGUGAGUACAUUCGAGCACUUAAUGCUGUCAAGCUUGAGCGGAUGUUUGCCAAACCAUUUGUUGGAGCUCUUGAUGGUCAUUGCGACGGUGUGACAGCAUUAGCAACAAAUCCAAAAAGUUUAGUUGCUUUUGUGAGUGGUGCAGCUGAUGGUGAAGUGCGUGUAUGGGAUUUACCUCGACGUAAAUGUGUCUGGAAUGUAUAUGGACACCGUGGCUUUGUCCGUGGAUUAGCUGUUGCUGUUGAUGGCAAUAGUUUUUACUCAUGUAGUGAAGACAAGACAGUGAAACAAUGGGCGCUACGUAUUAAGGAGGAGGAUGAAGGUGUUCCAACGCCAUUGACUACAUUUACAUCGAAAGAACCAUUUUUAGGUAUUGAUCAUCACUGGUCGGAGAACAUAUUUGCCACUUGUGGCUCCAAAGUACAAGUAUGGGAUCCUUCUCGCUCAACGCCUACACAUGAAUUUGCAUGGGGAGCAGAUUCCAUUACGUCGGUGCAUUUUAAUCCAGCAGAAGCAUCGCUCCUUGCAUCUACAGGAUCCGAUCGUAAUAUCACGCUCUAUGAUAUCCGUUUGGCAUCGUCAAUGCGUAAAAUUGUGAUGGAAAUGCGGUCAAAUGCGCUUGCAUGGAAUCCUAUGGAGCCUAUGAACUUUACAGUUGCUAAUGAAGACCACAAUUUGUACACAUUCGACAUGCGUCAAAUGACUCGUGCGAUGAAAGUGCAUAAAGACCACGUCUCGGCUGUCAUGGAUGUGGCGUACUCUCCAACUGGUCGGGAAUUCGUCGCAGGUUCAUACGAUCGAACGAUUCGUAUCUUUAACGUAAGAUCAGCUAAAAGUCGCGAGGUAUACCAUACACAACGUAUGCAGCGAAUCUUUUCGGUCAAGUUCAGUGCCGACUCGAACUUUGUGUUAUCCGGUAGUGACGAUACAAAUAUUCGUAUUUGGAAAGCUGACGCAUCGAAAAAACUUGCAAAGAUUGCACCACAAGAACGUCGUAAAAUGGAAUAUAACGAGUCGCUCAAAGAGCGAUAUCAGCAUGUGCGCGAACUUAAUCGAAUUUCAAAACAUCGACAUGUACCUCGAGCUAUUAAGAAAGCAACUCAAGCUAAACGUGAGUCUAGUACUCGGGAGCAAAAGAAAAUGGCUAGCCGUCGUGCACAUGCGAAAAAGGGAGCCGUGCCACAUGUUAACAUUCGAGAGAAAGUUGUGAUUAAGGAACUGGAGUAG